UACAUGCAAAAGGGCCUGAAAUGCAAAACUAAACGACUUGGCCUCUAAGGAGAACACUUGAGUAUGAGCCAGAAGCUCAAGAACACAAACAACUACGCUUCAGCCAUGCUUGCUACCCAAGAUACGAUUUCAAGUUUCCGCUCAAAACACUUUGGAAGUUAACGACAUCGCAGACAACAACAGCCCAUCGACGCCAUCUCAAAUGGGUCGCAAUUAUGAGCUCUGUGUUCGAGACUGGUGAUAAACUCCUCUAUUCAAUGUCAUCAUCGGAAUAAAAAAUGGCGCUCUUUUUUUUUUUUUUUUUCGGAUUUUCGGCCCGUCUCACUACGUUGCAAAUUUCCGGACGUGUAUGCGAGAUUGACAUAUCACCCGGAACCACUACCCUAGGCUGCCAGCAUGCGAGAUAUCGUACGAUGCAGUCAACACAACUGAUAUGGAGCAUGCUGAGCCAACCGUUGUAUCAACUGAUCCAGUCAAAGAGAACGUCAUCAAAGAAGAGACAAUCGACCCAACAGUAACUGCAGCACCUAUUUUCCGCUUCUCAGAGGGCGCUCAAAUCAAGACGUUUGGGACGCUCAUUGUCAUGUCUCAGACAGCAAAUGGGCAAACUGGUUCAUUGCACGCGGUGUAGUCAAUAGCGAGAAGACUUAGAUGGAAGGGCAGGGAGCUCUGAACACAAGGACAUUUUGCAAGAUGCCGGAUGGUUCGCCCCUUGCUCCCGGUGGCCCCCGACAAGGAUCGCCUGACAGGCUACACACCACUUUCCUACUUGUUACGACCCAGAGGCUACAAAAACGUUUAGAAACUAAGUAGUAACGGAGGAAACAACCCCCACGGCGCUGCCCCUCAAAAGACGCAGGUUGAACCCACAAUUCUUUUCUGUUUACUUGAAACGUGGGAUAUGAACCCGCGGCUCAUGCUAUCCUUUUGCCUAGAUGAAGCUAUCUUACUUAGUGGACGUUGAUAGUAAAACAACUAAACAAAAAAGGCCUUGGCAGGAGCG